AGAGACAUGUUUCCUGCUGGGAAAUGAGAUAUGAGACAAAACACGCAGUCUCCAUCCACAGGGUAAUGAGUGUGGAUUUUUCACAUAUUUCUGCAAGAACAAAAUGUUUCAGCAUGUUAAUUGUAUGCGGCCACAUGGAAUGAACGAGAAACUUUCUCUCUGAAGGGAAUUAGAUGGCUUGUGUUAAAGUUUAUUUGUGCUCCAACCCAGAAGAAUCUGUGGUUGAGAGGAGGUUACUAAGGCAGAGAGUUUUCCCCAGACUGAGGGAAUACUGCAGAUGCACACAUGGAGUCGAGUUCAGAGGUAUUGACCCGUAUGAAGCAGCAGAACCCAAAAACUGGCCUUCGCAGAAGAAACGACUGCAAAUUCUGGAGGACUGCAGGAAGAAUUCUCUGGGGCCUUUCUUUGUGCUUCUCAAAGACAUUUGUAAAAGGGUUGAUUCAAGUAGUACCUGUAUCAACAACAUCUUUCAGCUAAAAGAAAAUUUCAAAAGACUCCUGACCGCAAGAUCACCAUCCAAGAAUCCUUUGGUGCUCAUCAUAGAUGGUCUUGACCAACUGCCAAAGACUGAUGGACAACUCGACUUGACAUUACUUCCCGAGUCAUUAGCUCCAAAUGUAAAGCUUCUCAUUUCUAUAAAUGUAAACAGGCCUGAUCUUCUUGCUACUCUGAAGAAGUAUUACCCAGAUUCAACUGUGUUCUGUGAGCUGCAAGAAGUAGAAAGUAAAAGCUGCAGCCAGCUUCUGACAAGACUUCUUCAGGAGUCCAACAGAAAGAUCACCUCAGGCCAACAGAUGUAUGUGAAUCAGGCUUUUAAGAAAUGCUCUGUCUCACUAUAUGUGGAACUCCUUCACAGACAGGCAAUCCACUGGAAGUCAGAGUUUGAGAUUACGGAGAACUCUCUGGUCCAAGAGGUCCAUAAUAACAUUGUUCUGAUGUUUGAUCAUCUGGAGAAGAAGCAUGGGAAAACUGUAGUCUCCAAAGCUUUAAGCUAUCUUACCUUGGCCAGGUACGGCAUGACCGCAGCUGAGCUGACUGAUGUUCUUUCUUGUGAUGAUGAAGUUCUCGCAUCUUUCCUUCCACCAGGCGAUAGCGUACCACUUACAGUGAGGGUUCCUGAAGUUUUUGUGGAAAGUCUUCUUUCAGACCUGAAGGGGUUUCUAGUGCUGAGGAACAUUUUAGGUACCCAAACUCUUUUCUGGGUCAGCAGACACUUCCCCUUGGUCGUAUGUAAGAGGUACCUGUGCUCAGAGGAAACAAGUCAGAAGAUACAUCAUGUGCUGUUAGAUUAUUUUAGUGGCUCCUGGGCAAAUGGCACAGCAAAGUCUUUGAUCGUCAAUGAAGACAUGAAAAUGCCAAGCUCUUCAGAUGCCCCACAGAAUAUUAACAUUGACAGACAAGUACCAAGUCAACCUUGGAUUUUUUCUCCUCCUUUCUAUAUCUCUGCUGCCAAGAGUCCAUCAGCAAGAACACAUCCCAAUUUGAGGAAACUCCACAUACUCCAUUUCCAUUUGUUGAAAAGUGGGAGAAUUGAGGAGCUUGGUAACCAAAUGAUUUCUCAGGAAUACCUUCAGGCAAUGCUGCAAGCAGAACUGGCUGACGAACUGUUCCUGUGGCUUGAGAGGACAUCUCAGUUGCUGUUUCCCAGGGAACUUCAGCUACUCCACAUCAUCUUGAGAUCUUCAGCUUGUCUGCUGAGGAACAACCCUGCCGAUCUGCCAACAGUACUGCAAGCCAAACUUAUUCCUUUUCUGAAUGUUUUUCCUGCAUUGGAAGAAUGUGCCAAUCCGCCAAGGUCUGAAGGUAUUAUCCCAAAAAAUGGAGUGUAUACUGUGUUGCCUCCAGUUCCUGCAGUACCUUACACCCACUGUACACCGCAAGAGUCGACAGCUUCCCGAAUCAUACAGUCAACUGGAUCUUCCUGUGGCACUGUGGUGGUUGUACUGGAGAAUGGUGCUGCUUGGGUUUGUAAUGGAGGUAUAUUUGAAGGCUUCAGACUAACCCAAUCCUCUAAACUGCAUUUCACGAGUGUCAGUAGCUCUGGAAACAAAUUCCUUCUGAGCACCCAUUGUGGUAAACUUGUCUUGUGGGAUGCAGGUGUUAACACACAGCCUCAAGAAAUUCAAACCCAAAACAGGGAGAACACCAUUCUUGAGGGUGUCUUGGUGUCUAAUGACAAACUCUUUGUAUGGUGGAGAGGACAAAACAUUGUUAAUGUAUUUGUCGAUAGAGAGGAACAGACCGAACUGCACUGCACUUAUGAGAUAACCUGUGUGACAUGUUCUGAGGAAGGUGAUAUAAUUUACUGUGGACAGAAAGAAAGUUCUGUGACAAUAUUUGAUUGGUCCAAUGGUCAGCUUCUAGCCACAUUUACUUGUCCAAAAGAAAUGCCAUUAAUUGAUAUGAUUCUCUCUGAGGGUGACGGGAUGAUUACAUGUGUAGAUCAAGCAGGAAACAUGUUUGCUUGGAAUCUUAAGAUCAUAACAGAACCAGUUCUGAUUUGUGAGAACCACUGCACAACCCAGGGGAAGGUGUUAAAUACAGACUAUAAAGGGGACAAUGUUCUCCUAAUAUGUAAAAAGCAACAAAUGCAACUCAUUGAUAUUCAUCAAACUGAUGUACUUGACCAAUUCAAUCCCCCAAAAGGCAAAACAUUUAAGAAAGCCAUAAUGGAUCAAAACUCACGCUUCAUCCUUGCUUUACUGUGCAAUUGCCCGUUUCUGCUGGUCUGGAAUUGUGCCUCUGGACAGUGUGUGUUGAGUCUGGACACUGCAAACUGUCAAGCUGUUAAACUUCUGAAAUGUGGGGCCACUUACCUGGCAGCAAUAACAAGCAUAAGUGUUCUUAUUUGGGACAUGGAUCUCAUUACAGCUUCAGCAUUGGCACCAAAAUCUGGAAAGAGGGUGGAGAUGGUGGCUGUGGGAUCUCAUGGAGAAAGUUGUUACUCUUCGGAUGGCUCCAAACAUAUUUGGAAGUGGGGGGUAUCAAGUGGCAAAGUAGAAGGCCGCUUCCUUCACCAAGGUACUGUGGAGUCUAUGUCUGUCUCUGGAGAUGGCAACUACCUUGUGAGUAUUGCAACUGGAGACAUAUAUGUCUGGGAAACCAGUAGUGGGGAAAAUAUUUACAGAAUCUCUAAUAGUCAAGCUUACAAGGUUCUAAUAACACCCAAGGGCAACUCCGCAGUUGCACUAUCAGAGACCGGUCCAUCAAGGGUGUGGAAAUUGCAGAAUGGACAUGGGAUUUGCAGCAUUCAUCUUCAUCUCAGAAAUGCCACCAUUUCUCCAGAGAGCACCUUCCUUUUAGGACUUCACAGUGGGGAUCUCUUGGCUGUUAGCCUCUGGUCUGGUAAUGUAAGCAAAUGCUUCUCAUGCUCUGACCGGUCACAUGUUGUUGCUUUCCAUUCUCUGCUUGACCAUCCAGAUUACGUGAUUGUAUCUUCAGCCUCAGGCGAUGUAUACUCCUGGAGGUUAACAGAGGAUACUAUUUGUCAUCAAUUCCAGCUGCCAGACUCUUCUUUGUGCCAACCGGAGAUCUUUAGACUAUCAUCAGAUGGAGGUUAUGCCCUCCUUUCAAUAUCUGAAUCCACUAUAAACAUCUUAGAUUUCUCCAACAGUAAACUGUGCUCUUUGAGAACCGAAGGACCUGUUCUGCAACAAUAUGCAUCUGUAGGUGUUUUUGGACAAUAUGUGGUCUAUAUAUGUUUCUCCUCUCUGGUGUGCCAAAAUAUAUCCUGUGAUCUCCAUGAGAAGCCGAUGCUGGUAGCCAUACGUCUGACUGAUGGGGAGACCGUAGGCAGGUUCUAUUUGUGCAAGAACCCCUCUACUCUGACUGUUUGUGAGGAUUUUUUUGUGUAUGUGGGGUUUCAGGAUGGCUCUGUUGGGGUUUAUUCUGUUAAUGACACCAAGAAAGGUAAAAGCAGCUGGAAGGAGGAUGUUCUAAGCCCAACACAUUUGUGUCCACUGGAUGAGCAAUUGAUUUGGUCACCUCUAGAAAAACCUAACCUUACUUGGGUUGAAUUGCCCCUGCAGCUGUAUUAAAUAAUUCCAGUGUGUAUUUUUACAAUGUUCUAAAGUGCUAAGACCGCAUUUGUAAUAUGUGAUAUACAUAAGUUUAUCAUAUUAAAAAAUGUAAAUAUGUUCACUUGUCUCAUACCUCAGGAUUCAAUAAGAUGAGAAAGCAGGUGUGAAAAUUAAGCUGUACAAUUUUAUAAAAAUAAAAUUGUCUCAUGGAGUAUCACAGUAUAUA